AUGUCAACUGGCAACAGUGCAACUCCCGAUCAACGAUACACACGACUCGAAAAGCUGGGCGAAGGCACCUAUGCAACCGUCUACAAGGGGAAAAGCCGUCUCAGUGGUGAACUUGUUGCGCUCAAAGAAAUCCACCUGGACCCAGAAGAAGGCGCUCCAUCGACAGCCAUUCGAGAGAUUUCGCUCAUGAAAGAACUCAAGCAUCCCAAUAUCUUACGACUCUUGGACGUCAUUCACACUGAAGGGAAGCUCAUUCUCAUUUUCGAGUACAUGGAUCAGGACCUUAAGAAGUACAUGGAUGCCACAGCACGGUCGUCAGGUGGCAGCAACGGUGUUGGCGGUGGACAUCAGCAUACAACAGCAUUGGACCCUGCUGUCAUCAAAUCAUUGAUGUAUCAACUAUUGAAAGGCAUCGCGUAUUGCCAUGAUAACAGGGUGUUACAUCGCGACUUGAAACCACAGAAUCUAUUGAUGAGCAAACGACUUGAUUUGAAGCUAGGCGACUUUGGAUUGGCACGUGCAUUUGGUAUCCCUGUCAACACCUUUUCGAAUGAAGUGGUGACCUUAUGGUAUCGAGCACCGGAUGUCUUGUUGGGAUCACGCAUGUAUUCAACUUCGAUUGAUAUCUGGUCGGCUGGAUGCAUCAUGGCUGAAAUGUAUACGGGUCGUCCUCUCUUUCCUGGCACUACCAACGAGGACCAAUUGCAAAAGAUCUUCCGUAUGAUGGGUACGCCAACAGAACAAUCAUGGCCAGGUGUAUCUCAAUUACCAGAAUACAAGCCCAAUCAACCUAUCUAUCCAGCUCAACGAUUGAACACCAUCCUUCCCACCGUCGAUGCAUGUGCUAUUGAUCUCCUCACUCGUAUGCUGCAAUACCAACCUCAACUCAGGAUAUCCGCCAAAGAUGCUCUCAAUCAUCCAUACUUUAACGAAGUCAGAUACAUGCAAUAG